GACACAUUGAAGGUCGACAACUGCAUGUGCGCCUGCAAAUAUGCUUCGAUAAAUCAAGAGCAAUUCGCUAGGAACUAUAAGUUGGCGAAGCACCGCGCAGUGCAGGCAUCCACAUGCCAAAUCAAGGAGGUGGGGGAUGAAAUUUUCUUCACAGAUUUCCUCCCACAGGAUUUGUGCUGCGACUGAGUGUAGAUACAAAUCGACGAGAGUUGUAAAGAUGCGAAAAUUCGCGGGAGCAAAUGUAAAAAUAGCAGAAAGAACAGUGUGCAUUUGGUAGUGCGAGUGGCAGCAAUAAAACAUUAUAGGCGUCUUGUGUAAUAUUUGAAUUUGCGAAAAAUGUGUGCUAAAUAAAUAAGAACAAAAAUCGAAAAAGCAAUUAAGUUAAAGUGGAAUUUUAUUUGAUAAAUUUCAUGCUGUAUGUACUUAGAGUGCUGGGGAUAACAAUAGUACAAAUGCCCCAACAGCUGAACAUUUUGGUCGUAAAAUCGUUGACGAAAAUGCAAAUGUGUGUCUAGUGCCUUUGCGGUCAUUGCGCUGAAAUAAUAGGGUGUAACCACUGCGUCAUUGCAUCAUGAAUAACGGCAAGGAAUAGUGUGUAUUUAUGUUGGUGCUACGAUGGAGACUUGCAGGACCUGUGCGAGAUGUGAUUUUGAGGAUGAAACCAAAUGGUUCGACUUAUUUCACACAACGCGUUGUACGAGAGAAAUUGAAGAGAUGCGUGUGGAGUUCAAUAAUUGGCAUUUGCAGAUUUCCCCCAACGACGGAUUGCCACAGAAAAUCUGUUCCGAUUGCUUUUCGAAAUUUUGUAAUGUGUUCACCUUUCGCAUGCAAUGCCAGCAAGCACAAGUGAAGCUAAAUAACAUAUUCGACAAAAUCGAAACACAAAGUAUGGACGAUGACCGAUUCGAGGAUAAUCUUGAAGAAUUAAGUGCUCAGCUGUUGCGAAUUGUCGAAGAAAAUGAACGCCAAAUAACGAAUUUAACUUAUAACGAACAAAACUGCCAAAUAGUUGAUUGUACUGCCACUAGUGGUGACUCCAUCGUUUCGCCCAAUGCCACUCCUUCGGCUGCUGCCAUAGUGAUGUUGGAUAUGCUUGAUGAAAAUAGUGAUAACAAUUACACCACCACCGCCACCACAACCGUCACUGCAACGACUAGAUCCAGUGGAGUGUGUGAGAGAGUCGAACAGUAUACUGAUGACAUUUUAGCAGUCCAAACAGAGGUUUCACCCAAAACAAUCGAAGACUCUUUCUUGGCAAAAACAAUUUCAAUAACAAACGAGAAUAAUGCAACUGCUGCCCCCAUAACUGAAGCUAACAUUUACACUGCCGGCGUUGAAUGUCAAAGUGAAGCGGAAAUGCAGAUGACAAAGUUGACGACUGUAACUGUUAAAACAAUGGCAGUCGAUAACGAAGUAGAAGAAGGAAAUAAAAACGAAAAUGAAAUAGAAUUAGAACUGGAACACGAAGAGGAAGAUAUAAGCGAGCAAAUACAUUUACACGUAGAUGAUAUAAUUGAGGAAGACUUUACGCUUGAAGACCAACUGGUGGAGGAGAAAGCAGAGACAACAUUAGGUACAGACAGAUCAUUGGACCGAGACCUUACUCAGGAAGACUGCUAUUUAAAUGUAAUGAGCGGAGAUGUGUCACAACCUGAAGGUUAUGCCGAAGAAAGUGUGCCUUUUGUGGAAGCUGUUGAAGAUGAAAAUGACGUUUAUGAAGAAGAUGAAGGAGUAUUGGAAGCAUUCGAACCCGUCACACUUCCAACGAACACCUACAAUACAAAUAACAAUACUAUUUUAGGUUCACAAUUUGUCUUUCAGUCGUCUGCUACGAGCAAGUGCUACAGUCAAACAAUGGGCCAACCACCAGAUGUUAGCAUUGUUUUUGAGUGUAAAUACUGCCACAAAACCAAAGACGUGCCAAGCACUCAUUUCGAAACUCAACAGACACUACUCGAACACAUAACACACACGCACAACGCCGAAUAUCCCUUUACAUGCCCGCAACGCGGUUGCACAGAGGGUUUUCGCGACGCCGCCUCACGCACGGUCCACAUGAAAAGCGAGCACGUGGCCAAACAUUAUGAGUGUGAUGUGUGCGGCAAAAAGUAUGCCGAUCGCUUUAACUUACGCCAUCACCACGAGAAGUUCCACAGCGAGACCGAUUUUGGGUGUGACACUUGCGAUAAGCGUUUCUACUCGCGUAAAAGUCUUAAUUACCAUAUGAAGUGGCACAAUCCGGAAUUGUUGUUGCAUUGUAGUCACUGCGAUCGUUUGUUUAUUAAUCAGCGACACUUGAAGUGUCAUGAAGAAACGCACAACGGGGUGAGGAAUAGUGAAUUUUGUACGUUUUGUGGUAAAACGUUCAUACACUUGAAAACUUUGCGUUGGCAUUUGUAUCGACAACAUGGCGGCGAAAAACCAUACAAGUGCGGCCACUGCACUGAGGUUUUCGCUUCGUACCUGGAGAAGCGCAUACACAUGCUGGAGAAUCAUUUGGAGAACCUCACCGGCAUCGAACGCACCGAAUGCAUGCUCUGCCGGGAACGCUACGAGGAUGAACGCGAUCUGAUCGAACACAUACGUAGCAAACAUGUUGAAAGGCCGAAGUCUUCCGUGCUGCUAAUAGCGAACAAUAAACGAGUGGUGCGUAAUAAGCGACAGAAGAACUAUAGCGGAAUUUUUCAGUGUGAGAUUUGCGCCCAGCGUUUCAAUAUGAAAUCGGCGUUGGAGCGGCACGCGGCGGUGCAUUCAAGUAUUGGGAGACCGCACAAAUGCCCGGUGGAGUCGUGUGCGAAGCGUUUCAAGCGUGCGCAGGAUAUGAAUUGGCACAUGAAGACGCAUUCGAACGAGAAGCCGAACAUUUGCGAUGUAUGCGGCAAAGGAUUUGCCCUGAAAUAUGUGCUGAAUCAGCACAAGCGGAGCCAUGAAGUCCUUGAGAAAAAUUUCAAAUGCGUGAUCUGCGGACGUGCCUACCUCUUUGAGAAAUCCCUGCGUGUGCAUGAACGAGUACACACGGGCGAUACAUACUACCGCUGCGAUUUGUGUGGCGAAAAUUUUGUUACGCACAUGAAAUUCAAAACUCAUAUGAUGAAAAAUCAUGAUCCGGAGACAACAAAUCUUGAGGAUUACAAUAUGGAUGCCUUUGAAGAACAACUAUACGAACAAUAGAUGGGCAACGAUUAUUUUAUAUGCACUUAACUAACAGGAGAUUUGCCCAAGUAAAUAUUGCUUUUUCAAAGCGUGGUUUAUUUGCACUUCUCAGUAUUUUUUUUAACUCAUGAACAUGCAUAAUAAACAAUAAAUUACAUUUAUUAUCAAGAUACACAUAUUUAGAAAGCUGAAAACUUUCAACCAAAAUUUUCAACUCCCCUCUACCCCGGGCUAAUCUCAAAAAACGCUACUUAAAAUCAGCACAUAAAAUUUCGUAAACAGGAUUUUAUUACACCAUUUGUACUGGGUAAAUAUUUAGUAAGACCAUCUAUCACUUGAAAAUUAGAUUCAUAUAAGAAUACUGCAGAAGUUGUUCCAAAACUAGCAAGCAUUCAAGGGAAUUCACUAAAGAAAAUGUUUGAAUGACAUUGACGUGUACUUUCUUAUACAUGCAUAUGCAUAUUUAUAUUUACGAAAAGGGAUAUGCACAAACACAAUAAUACGCACACAAUGGCUCACCGUAAACGCAAACAGUAGCAGAAAUUUACACAAACAUACGUAACACAAUUGAGACGGAUCAAAUAAAUAAAAACUAAUAGACAAAAUUAAAAAGAAAUAUAUACAUAACUUAGUAUGUACCAUAUACUUACACCUACACAAAGAGACUAAGAGCAACUACUUGAAUGAAUGCUCAAUUCUUUAGGUACCGUAUUAAAUAAUUUAGUAAAAAGCAUUUAUUGUAUUUUAUGAAAUUAUUUAGAUAACCGUAGUUUUAUAAAAAAGGAAAUUAAUAGCAAUGUUUUGUAGCGGUAGUUUGUGAAUUUUAACGAUGGUGAUAAUGAAACUCUUAAAGCAUAUUACUCGUGUUUUUUAGCGGAAUAAUUAUGGUUUAUUAUAUAUUUAUUGCAGCAAAAAAUGAAAAAAAUAUAUAAAGUACACUAAAUUGAUAUGCAAUAUAUCAUACAUGUAUAUAUUUAAUAAUUAGUAAAAUUAUAUAUGGUAUGUAUUAGAAAUUAUAUUAAAACUAUUAAAAUAUGUUUUAAGAUGAACUUAUUUAAUAUAUGUAAACUAUAGCUGUAUAUUACUUACUAAAACAAUUUCAGUUGUGCUGUGCAAUGCUCAAAAUUGUCAAAUUGUCGAAAACGAAUUAUUAAUAAUCUAUGACUAUUUGAAAGAUAUUUAUAUAGGUACAUAUAUCUUAAAAAUGCCCUAUCUUAUGAAAAAAAUAUGUACGUAUUUAUUAGAUUUUAAUAUAACUAUACGUAAUAUAAAAGUUCACUGAAACGAAAGAAAAUAUAAAG